AUGUCAUCACAAAAACCUUUGGUAGUCGUUAUCCGUGCUCUUACACGUAACCCUGAAUCUGAUAAAGCAAAAGCCCUUGUUGCAAAGGGAGUUGAAGCUAUCAAAGCCGACCUUUCUAAUAGAGAAGAUGUCAAGAACGUGCUUAAUGGUGCUGAUAUCGCAUUUAUUGUCACUAAUUUCUUCGAUCCG